AUGACCGGAGAACAAAUGCACGAAAAACUCAUCCAACGUCUCUCCCCAAGCGAACGAAAAAAGUGGAUGGGGAAAAUUUGGGGAACGAAAAUGCGCCCUCAAGGAAAUCGCGAAGAAAAAGUAGUGAUUCUUGGUUGGUAUGAAAAUCGACUGAUCCCGAACCAGCUGACGAGGAUUCCAAGCAAGCCGUUUCAAAAUUAUGGGCGUGAGCUUUGUGGAGAGUGUUUUAUUACGAAUGAUAGGGAUAUGUACGAAACUGCCGAUGCGGUAAUAAUCAACAACGGACCACUUCUCUCCUUUCAAAAGGCAGAAGACGAGCGCUUACGAAAAAAGGACCCGGCAAAAAGAGGCCGCUCUCAAGAUGAACAACUCAAGCCGCCUUCUUUAGAGACCCGAAACAGCUCGCAAUACUGGGUUUUCGUCAAUUAUGAAAGUGGAAUAAAAAAUAUCGACUCGCAGCAAAAUCUUCAAUCUUUCACUCAGGAAUUCGACUCUUCUUUCAACAUUACAUAUUCGUACAAGCGGGAUUCGGAUAUUGUCAGGGGCUAUGGAAGCAUUCAGAAAACGAUGAGGAUGUAUUUUGAUGAAGUUAGUGGGAAGGAACUUUUGAGCAAUGAGCAGAUGAUGGAGAAAAUAUUGAAGCUAAAGAACCAUGAAAAAGAGGGGCUGAAAGACUUUCACACUGAAGCAGGACUGAAACUUCAUGGAGAAGGCGCCUGCUUCGAGAAUCAAACAAAACGAUCCUUCGGCAACAUGGCCAAGUCCCUAAAAUACAACUCUGACAGCGAAGAUACAGUAAUUCAGCACAUGAAAUUCUACCUCUCCUUCGAAAAUGCCUACCAUUGUACAGACUACAUCUCUGAGAAAUUCUGGCGAAAUGCUCUCGGCGCUCUCGCUGUUCCAGUCGUGUUUGGACCGCACUACGAUGAUGUGAAGCAAAUCGCGCCCCCGAAUUCUUUCAUCCACGCGGAGCAAUUCGAGGAAGCCGCAGACUUAGUUUUCUACCUCGAUUAUUUGGACAAAAACGACAAUGCUUACAUGGAAUACCAUGACUGGCGAUCCCUUCGGCCAGAAAGAAUCAAACCUCUUCAUGAAUCUCAUUUCACUCUUUCACGUGAUGAAUACGAUUACUGCCGAAUCUGUCGACUGAUCAGAGCGAAGAGAGCGGCAAAGAUCAACAGAUGGUACCAGAGCGUAAUGCGAUUCUGGCGUUUUGACGUUCACCGCGGCUGCAAACAAGAUGCCAAAUAUCCAGAAUACAUUGAGAAGAUAAAGAAAAAUCUUGUCGAAGUUCCUGCUCACUGA